AAUAGAAAUUCACAUGCUGUAUUGUUUCUUUUUACCGAAUUCCUGAGUCUUAUUAAUAAUUUUAAGAUUGUGAGUUCAAAAAUCUGUUUAUAAUUGAUAGAGUUACAUGUGCUUUGAUAGUGCAAUAUCUAACCUAAUCGUUCAUUCAACAUUUCAAAGAAAUACCAGUUAAAAUGGAUUUUUUUGAGAAAGCGCAUGUUACUAGGAAACAACCUUCAAAAAAAGACAGCAAAUCAGAAGAAAUUGUAAAGAAACAACUCAAACAAAUGUUACAAGGUUUUAAAAGAAGCGAUAAUGAGCUAAUUAGGCACAGCGGAAAUUCUAGUAAUGAUAUAGUUGAAGCACACAAGCGCUUCGAUGAUUCGCCGUCUGUGAGCAGUUUUUCAGACCUGGACCUUACACAUUCUGAUAAUGAAGAAGAUAUUGUACAAGCAUCAACUUCCGAAACUAUAGAUAAUGCUUUAGACAGCACCAGUCGUAUUAAUUUGUCAAAUGCAUCCGAAUCCAAUUGUGACACAGACGAUAAUAUAGAUGAUUUAAACUUAGACGAUUCUAACAGUCAAGAAUCUAUAUCUGAAUGUGAUCAAAUAGUUGAAUCUUUGUCAGAACACGUUGAACAUAAUAGUUCAGAAACAAGUGGAGAUAUUUCUUUUUCUGACCUGGAUGUGUUAUCAGUAACUUCAGGAAGCACAAUUGACUCAGAAGGUUUUGAUCCUGAUGGAAAAUUAGCAUUGAAAAUACUUGAAAAACUGGAGAAAAAUAAAAAUAAAGUAAGUAAGAAAAGGAAAGUGGAAGAUGAGCCAAAACCUAUUAAACCUAAGAAGAAAGAUGUAAAACAUAAGAAAUCCAGUGAAGAUGAAGAUAGUGCAAGUGAUGAUAUUACAAUGGAAGCCUUGAGUAUUUGUAAACAUAAUGAUGAUUAUGAAGAUGAUGUAGAAAAUAUAUCUGACAUGUAAUAGUGCACACACAUCUACAGCAACAAAUGAGUCGUCACCAUUUGUUUCAAUAACUGUGACUGAUAUGCCAGAACAAGAGAUCAGUAACUUCUUAGAGAACUACAAACACCCUAUUGUAAGACCAUUACAAAAUAUAGUGCACACUGCAAGCUCACCUGGUUUAUUUGCACCAGAAAGUGUCAGUAUGUUAAGUUCAUUACCUGAAUUAAGUGACAAUGGAACUGUUGUAGGUUUAGUUAAAAUUGACAUCCCUGAUGAUACAGAUACAGUGGAAGACAUUCAAAGUGAUGAUGUAAUUGAAAAGAUAGACUUAGAUACAACUACAGACAUUCCGCAUGAAGAAAGCACUGCAGAGUAUGACAACACAUUGAUUUCUGAGUCUCAAAGAGAAACUGAAGAGGAAUCAAUGGAAUCUUUGAAAUUUUACUAUGGGAAAAAUUGCUAUGUUGUAGUGUUAAAACAUCCAGCAGAAUUAUACGUAAAUGGUAAAGUGAGAGUCAAAGGCUUGGGAGGUGUUGUUGAAGUUUAUGGCCAUACACUAAAAGAUACCGUUGAUUUGUAUGCCCCAAACAGUAACUUUGCCCAGUGUAUAAGGACUGUUGAAAGUCUAAAUGAUGAUUAUGGACUUUUUAGAAAACUUACUGCUGAAGGGUUAUUAGUACAGGAAGCUGAAGAAAUUGUAACAACUAUAGGACAAUAUGAUGGCAUAAUAAGUUUGUCUCGGCUACAUGACCCGCGGAUGGACUUUGUAGAAAAUAAUGUUACCAUGGAUUUGUUUCCAAAGUUAAAUAAAGGAUAUGACAGCCUUAGGAAAGUUUCUAUGGAUAUUGGUUGCAGUCUUAUGCUGAAAAAGCCUUGGAGACACUUUGAAGCAAAUGAUGCUUGGGAACUAGCUGUUAAUUGUGGAUUUGAGGAAAAUAGCAGAGGAAUUGUUUGUGGUGGCAAGGGUGUGGGCAAAUCAACAUUCCUUAGAUACUUUGUAAAUAGGAUGCUAAUCAAGGGACCAGUUCUAGUCAUAGACUUAGAUCCAGGACAGGCUGAGUUUACUGUAGCUGGGAAUAUAUCUGCAACUGUGGUCACUACCCCUCUUCUUGGUCCUAACUACACACAUCUAAAAACACCAGAAAUAAUGUUGAAUAUAGGCAUGAUCAAUACAAUGGACAAUGCCACCCGGUAUGCGGCCGCAGUCACUCAAAUCUUGUCACACUGUCACUCCAAUCAAGCCUAUAGCUCAAUGCCUUGGAUAGUCAACACAAUGGGCAUGUGCACGCAAAUGGGCCUUAAUUUACUUAAGAAAUUCGAGAGGGAAGUAUUCUUCAGAAAUAUCGAGCAGUCUAUAUCGGAUUAUAGUUACAUUCUGAUGCAGCAUACCGAAGGGCCAGAUAAGCAUAACACCGCGACGUCGCCGAAAGAACUAAGAUAUUUGAACUUUUUGGCAUACUUCGGCGAGCUGAUGAACAUUCAUAAAGGAGCUCAGUUAUUGGGAAUCGUGCCGUACGAGGUGAGCAUGUCAGAUGUGAACGUGUUGACUAACGUGAAAGUAGCAAACGAUGCGGUGCUGAAGGUGAUCAACGGAAAAAUAGUAGCGCUCUGUCAACUCGCCAUAAAAGAUAAGGGGAAAGUGUUUACCCUGCAAGAUAACGCACUGCUAUGCCACGGAAACGGUUUGGUCCGUGGCGUGGACUUUGAGAAGCGGCUGCUGUACAUCGUGACGCCAAUACCCGCGGACAAGUUGAGUGCGGUGGAUGCACUGCUGUACGCGGACUGGGUGCCCGAGCUGUGCGGCCCUGAACGGUUCCUGCCUGAAGGCACCGAGGUGCCAUACCGAAGCCUCACUGACUACAGACAGAAACAGUUCAUGCAGACACCCAGACGCCGCUUCAACCCGCUACAAUUAUUAAAAAUGUCAAGGAGUGCCUAAAUUGAAACUUUCCAUUAUAUUGGUUAAUAAAUUUGUAAUUGGAAUAAAUCCAAAAUAAUAAAUCUUAAAUUAUAUAAAAGGAAAUCUAAUAAUUAUUUUGUUAAUUAUAUUUGACGAUAAUUUUGUACUUACAAGACUAAUGAAACAUAACAUAAAUGAUCAUAUUUAACUUAAAUAUUCCCCAUACUAAACACCUUUGCUUUAUAAAUGCUGCAUUAAAAUUUUAUAAAAAGUCAAAAAGAGUCUAGUUAAGAAUUGUUGACAUGGGGUUCCUUUAUUACUAAUAAAUUAUAUUAGGAAGUUAUGAUUUCACACAAACAAUAGAUUACAAUACAACUGCCCUAAAGAAUCAGAUUGGACGUCUCAGAGACGUGUCUAGCUGACAGGCACUUAGAUGAGAGUGGGGCUCACGCUCCGUGUCAAAUAAACAUCCUACACAAUUUAUACACCACUAUUUUAUUGAAAAAUUAAAAUACAAAAUACCGAACUAAACAAGUCUCGGUGAGAUGCCACCGGUCGAGGUAUAAUCUAUAUGUAGAAGAAAUGCUACUCGAUUAUAUAACGUGAUAUUAUAGCAUGAAAAAUUCCAGUGGCCCUGCCGGAGACGGGAGGUCCACAUGCCCCCGACUACUUUUGUUAAGGCAUUUACGCUUACUCUUUAUAGAUAAUCUAUAAAAUAUACAAAGUACCAAUUGUGAAAGAGUAGCCACACAAAUACUGAGUGAGUGUGCGUGCGACGCGGGCCGCGACUUCGCGUCUGCAGUCAGUAUCGGAAGGAAGCACUGUGUGGCCGACGUCGCGACUGCUGCACAGUCCGAGUCGUUUCAAACUAAGUUAUCAGGCAGUAUGCGAACAAUUCAUAAAUCAGAGUUCUCCCGACAACAGCACAAUUACAGCAGGGAACACCUAGUCUUCUUCUUCUUUUUGACCUGUAAUGCGGCGCGAGUCGCCGUCUCGAACACCUCACGCACUCCCUCCUUGCUCUUGGCAGAGCACUCCAGAUACGCGAAUGCGUUGAUCUUCUCGGCCAUCGCACGACCUUCCUGCGGCUUCACCGGCUCUUGCUUCAUCUUGCGAAGCUCGUUGAUCGUGGCCGGGUCAUUACGCAGAUCCUUCUUGUUCCCCACUAAGAUAAUGGGCACAUUAGGGCAAAAGUGCUUUACCUCGGGUGUCCACUUCUCCGGGAUGUUCUCGAGCGAGUCGGGCGAGUCCACCGAGAAGCACAUGAGGAUCACGUCCGUGUCGGGGUACGACAGAGGCCGCAGCCUGUCGUAGUCUUCCUGGCCAGCCGUAUCCCAGAGCGCAAGCUCAACUUGCUUGCCAUCCACCUCGAUGUCGGCGACGUAGUUUUCGAACACAGUCGGCACGUACACUUCCGGAAACUGAUCUUUGCUGAAUACGAUGAGCAGGCAUGUUUUACCACACGCACCGUCACCGACGAUCACUAAUUUUUUGCGUAUCGCAGCCAUCGGUCCUGAAGAUUGUGGCUAAUUUCUGCAGAAUAUUGGCUUAUCGACACUUUUUAAUCGUCUUUGCUCAUCACAAGCACUUUCGUUCGUAAGUCACUAAUGUUGCAACACUACAAAAUAUAUCAUUAAUAUCAUUCGUAACAAUAUUUACUUCUGGUGAAAAAAUAUUUGUUUUGAGGUGUUUAUUAAAUCAAAUACUUAUCACUUAAGUCUAUAAUCCUAAUAAGUAUAAAUGUAAUUAGGUAAUUUAUCAAUAAAACCAAAAUACAUAUCAAAUUUUAUUUGCCAUAUCAAAAUAUUAUUAUUUUGACAUUUGGAAAAUAAUC